CCACGUCUCCGCGCGGCGCCCCGAAACAAAGCUUGCGGUGUUGAGCGGUUCGCUGCUUCUUCUCCGCCGCCCGCUGCUGGCUUCGCCGAGCUCCCCUUCUCUAGCCUUGCCUCGCUCUCGCAUCUUGCUUCGCCCUCUGAUCCACGAAGGGAGGGGAGACUGAUGGGUAUAUUCGAGUCAUAUCGAGCGAUCGGCUACAUCACCAGCAACGUCCCCUUCGCCGUCCAGAGACUGGGGACGGAGACCUUCGUCACCGUCAGCGUUGAGAAGGCGUGGCAGAUCUACAACUGUGCCAAAUUGACUUUGGUGCUUGGAGGUCCUCAAUUGCCAAAGAAGAUCAGAGCUCUUGCAUCUUACAAGGACUACACUUUUGCUGCAUAUGGAACUAAUAUUGGAGUUUUCAAACGUGCACAUCAGAUAGCCACGUGGAGCAGACAUGAAGAAAAAGUUAAUCUUUUGCUCGUAUUUGGAGAUCAUGUCUUGAGUAUUGAUGUUAAAGGGAAUAUAUUCAUUUGGUCCUUCAGAGGAAUGGAGCUGAACCAUGAACCAGUUGGGCAUAUUCUGUUGGAUGACAAAUUCUCCCCAAGUUGUAUUAUGCACCCAGAUACUUACCUUAACAAGGUUAUUAUUGGUAGUCAUGAAGGUCAGUUGCAGUUAUGGAACAUCAGCACAAAGAAAAAGCUUUUUGAAUUUAAAGGAUGGAGUUCAUCUGUUUGUAGUUGUGUUGCCUCACCUGCACUUGAUGUAGUUGCAAUUGGCUGCUCCGAUGGAACCAUUCAUGUCCAUAAUGUGCGUUAUGACGAAGAAUUGGUUUCCUUCACACAUUCUACACGUGGUGCUGUGACUGCCUUAUCAUUCAGAACUGAUGGGCAGCCUCUUCUAGCAUCUGGGGGUUCAUCAGGUGUUAUAAGCAUAUGGAAUCUGGAGAAAAGAAGACUUCAUUCAGUGAUAAGGGAUGCUCAUGAUGGAUCAAUUAUUUCGCUCCAUUUUUUUGCCAAUGAACCUGUUUUGAUGAGUUCAGCAGCAGACAAUUCAAUUAAGAUGUGGAUUUUUGAUACAAGCGAUGGGGAUGCUCGUCUUUUACGCUUUCGAAGUGGUCAUAGUGCUCCACCUCUAUGCUUAAGAUUUUAUGGAAAUGGAAGACAUAUUUUAUCUGCUGGUCAAGAUCGUGCUUUCCGCCUUUUCUCAGUUAUUCAGGAUCAACAAAGUAGGGAGCUUUCUCAGCGACAUGUAACUAAAAGAGCAAAGAAGCUUAGGACAAAGGAAGAAGAAAUCAAGUUGAAGCCUGUUAUUGCAUUUGAUUUUGCCGAGAUCCGUGAACGUGAUUGGUGCAAUGUUGUUACUUGCCAUAUGGAUACACCACAAGCUUAUGUUUGGCGGCUUCAAAACUUUGUUCUCGGCGAGCAUAUUCUGUCACCAUCUGCUGGUGUCCGAACUCCUGUUAAGGCUUGUGCAAUAAGUGCUUGUGGUAAUUUUGCUGUCUUGGGUACUCAAGGUGGUUGGAUCGAACGGUUUAACCUCCAAUCAGGAAUCAGCCGAGGUACUUAUGUAGAUAUCUUUGAAGCACGACACUAUGCACAUGAUGGGGAAGUGGUUGGAGUUGCUUGUGAUGCUACAAACAGCACACUGAUAAGCGCAGGGUAUAAUGGUGACAUCAAGGUCUGGGAUUUCAAAGGUUGUGAACUAAGAUCCAGUUGGAAAAUUGGACAACAUGUCAUUAAGUUUGCAUAUCACCGAGCAAAUGGUCUGUUGGCAACUGUAGCAGAUGAUAUGGUUCUCCGGCUGUAUGAUGUUCUAGCGCUGAGGAUGGUUCGUAAGUUUGAAGGCCACACAGACCGUGUCACUGACUUGUGUUUUAGUGAGGAUGGGAAGUGGCUUUUAUCUUCGAGUAUGGAUGGAAGUCUUAGAAUUUGGGAUGUCAUAUUGGCAAGGCAAAUAGAUGCAAUACAUGUUGAUGUUCCUAUAACAGCAUUAUCUCUGUCUCCUUCAAUGGAUGUUUUGGCAACCUCUCAUGUUGAUCAAAAUGGUGUAUACCUUUGGGUUAACCAGACUAUGUUCUCUGGAUCCACCAAGGUGGAAUCUUAUGCAAGUGGAGAACAAGUUAGGAAUGUUCAAAUGCCAUCUGUUGCUCCAAAAGAAGGAUCCGAUGAGGAAAAAAUGCUUAAAGCUGGGGAUCUAAAUCAAAUACAGAAUGCCUAUCCUGUUCCUCAUCUUGAUAAACAGUUGCCUAAGCUUAUUACACUGUCCUUGCUUCCUAGGAGCCAAUGGCAAAAUCUAACUAAUUUGGACAUUAUAAAGGCUCGUAACAAGCCAGUUGAGCCACCAAAAAAGCCAGAAAAGGCACCUUUCUUUUUGCCCUCAAUUCCAUCUCUUUCUGGGGAAAUAUUAUUUAAGCCCAAUGGUGAAGCUACUGAAGAAAAGGAUACGGAAAAGAAGAUGACUGAAAAGAAGAAGUUGGACCUUGCUUCACAAUUUAUUCUGUUACUGCAUUCUUGUAUGGAGACAAAGAAUUUUUCAGCAUUCACAGAUUAUAUUAAAGGUUUAUCUCCCUCGAGUCUGGAUUUGGAACUCCGUAUGUUACAGAUUAUCGAUGAUGAUGAUGAUGAUGAUGACAUGGAAAGUUUAGAUGAGAGAUCAGAACUAGAGUCUAUUGGAAUGUUGUUGGACUACUUCAUCCAUGAGGUUUCCAGCAGGAAUAACUUUGAAUUUAUUCAAGCUGUUAUUAAAUUGUUUCUGAAGAUUCAUGGUGAAACAGUGCGAUGUCAUUCAACAUUACAAGAGAAAGCAAAGAAGCUUCUUGAAGUGCAAAGCUCAGUGUGGCAGAGGGUAGACAAAAUGUUUCAGAGUGCCAGAUGCAUGGUCACAUUUCUCAGCAAUUCACAGUUCUGAUUGACAGAUGCCUUGUGUUUUGUGCUGCAUUUUUAUGUAUGGACAAGAACUGUAAGUGUAUACGGUGGACUAACUCAAGUCUUAUCGCCUGAAGUUACACUGACUACAUCCUCAGAUUCAACUUGUAGGCAGACUCCACUUACAAACUCUGGUUAACCCCAUAUCGCAGCAAGUCUUGCAUUGGAGAACUGAUUGGCCAUCAGAUUUUGGUUAAGAAUGCAGAGGUCAUGAAUGACUGCUUAAGCCAGAUUCAAGUUUUGGCAUCCUAGUUUUGCUAAACUUUUGACCCGUGGAUACAUCAGCGUUCCAGAAUUCUCUCACGGUGUCUGCCUGCAAACCCCUCAACUGUAGUUUGCUCUGAUCUUUCAACUGCUGGAUGAUGCCGAGGAACUGCAUAAACAUCGGAAGCUUGCCUCCCAAACUUAAUUGUAUUUCCAGUUCUUUUUUCCCAUUGUGUUGAAUAUUUUAUUCUGUGAGCUGAAAGAUUAAAUGAGUAAAUUCAAAGACAACGGGUAGGGGGUGCUCGUGACUUUAUGUG